GUCAAAGGGAGCAUCUACAUCUACGCACCGAACAAAGGAGCACCAGUCUUCUUCGCAGUCGCCUUUGCGCUUUCGCUCGCAUUUCACACCUGGCAAUGCCACCGCUACAAAGCAUGGAAGAUGAUCGGCCUCCAGCCACUCUGCGCACUCCUCUUCACUCUCGGCUAUGCGAUGCGAGAGUGGAAUGCUUUCAACUACAUCUACGUUGACAAGACGACGUCUUCAAAUGUCCUCUUGGUCUACAUUCUCAGCCAGGUCUUCGUCUACAUCGCUCCACCACUUCUCGAACUCGCCAAUUACCAUGUGCUCGGUCGCAUCCUACACUACGUACCCUGGCUCUCACCACUCCGACCAAGCUUGAUAACCUCUCUCUUCGGCGGCAUUAUGCUAGUCGUGGAGAUCCUGAACAGUGUCGGCGUCUCACUCAGCGCCAAUCCAUCUGCGACAAAGGCGACUCAGAACCUGGGUGCGAUACUCACCAAAGUGGCCAUUGCACUCCAACUCGCAGUCCUGCUAGCCUUCCUCGCCCUCGCCGGCUGCUUCCACUUCCGCUGCCGCAGACACUCCGUGCCGGACAAACGUAUCAAAACGCCCUUGCUCACGCUAUACUGCAGCACAGCCCUCAUACUGAUCCGAUGCAUCUAUCGCCUCGUGGAGCAUCUCGGACAAACUCGGGUGGACUUCCGCGAUCAGGACGCACUUCGCAGACUGUCGCCACUCCUACGCUACGAGUUCUGGUUCUACAUCUUUGAGGCGACGUUGAUGCUUCUCAACUCGGUUUUGUGGAAUGUGUUCCAUCCUGGCCGAUUUCUGCCGGCGGAGCAGAAUGUGUUUGUUGGGAGAGAUGGCGAGGAGACGGUUGAUGAGGUGGAGGUCGGUGACGAUCGAGGAGUAUUG